AUGUUUCGUGACAUAUCAUAUGUGAGCCAUUUGAAUUUACUUAGAAAUAAUAUAAAAAAGAUUAAAGCUUCAUCACUUAUAGGUUUAAAAGCAGACAUUUUGAGUUUUAGCUUUAACUAUUUAGAAUAUUUAGAAGACAGUUCAAUUCCCGAAGUAGAAGAAUUGUUCAUAAAUGGCAAUAAACUAGUAUCAAUACAUUCAAAAAUAUUUGUUAAUAUUUCAAAAAUAAAGAUACUCGAUGUGAGCUUCAAUAAAAUCACAGACUUUAGCUUUCAAAACUCAAUGUUCCAAAGAUUAAAUAUGAAAAACAAUAAAAUUACGCACUUAUCAAAAAAAUCUUUUUUGGGAAUGAAUAUGCUGAAUGAAAUAAUACUAUCAAAUAAUAUGAUUUCCUCGCUGGAAAUGAAAUCAUUACCGUUAGUGAAGAAUCUAGAUUUGAGUCACAAUUUACUUAGCUCCAUUGAUUUAAAUAUGUUCACCGAUAUUGAUCAAGUCAGACAUUUGGAUUUAACCCACAAUUGUAUCAAGCAGAUAAAUUUGAAAUUUACGAAAAAAGCAAACAUUUCAAUUGGAAUAUUUAACAAAAUGUGCAAUGAUAUAUACGAAACGGAUAAAGAAAUGAGCAAGUCGAAUGAUAAACAGGAAGCAGAUAACGAAAUGAGCAAGUCGAAUGACAUACAGGAAAUGGAUAAUGUUUUGAUAUCGAAAAAUAUACUUUAUAUAAUUGGUGCAGUCAUUGUGGUUGCUGUUUUACUCGCUAAUAUAAUAGUGAUUAUAUAUUCAAGACGAUUCUACAAAUAUUCGAAGAAAGCCUUUGAGCCGAGAGUUGUAUUUAAUAAUGAACUAAUUCCAAAUGCAAUUCCGAACGACAACAAUGGAGGAUACGUUGAGCCUGCACACGUAUAUGAAGUGAUCGACAAUAAUGCUGAAACACAACGAGAAUCAUAUGGUUAUUUGGUCCCUCGCUCUAAAAAGAGGCAAGAAGCAGGGGAUGAAAUUCGCAAUGUUUCGAGCAAAGCUUAAAACAAUUUAAUUGAAGAUAAUCACAGUAAUUUACAUUUUUAUCUAUAAACAUGUAAAUGCCGGAAAGCUCAAUGAUUCAUAGUUCUUUGUAAUAAUUAUUAAAAGUUACAAUUAUUUGAAUGUAUCUAUUUUUU